AUGCGCGAGAAAUGGCCGCUUCUGCUGAUUCUUGCGUUCGCCACCGCGUUCCCCAACGAGGAGAUUUUUCGCGGCCUGUUUCCCGUUCAGCCGCCGCACUGCUCGAAGACGCCCAUCGUUUUGGCGCAAACCUCGCAGAAUGCGCACUCGUCGGUCUCGCGCGGAAUGCAAAUGCAAUUCUACAUCGGACUGCACACGGCCGUGUGUUUUCGCCUUCACGACGGCCUUCCGUUGGCUUCGCGCGAUCCGUCGUCGUCGAAUCAGACGUCGUUUCUGCACACGAUUCGACUCGAUCGAUUGGAGCACCAUCACCCGAUCACCCAACGCUACACGUUCGGCGUGCCGGAGGUGCACGCCGAUUGCAUUUGCGAGUGCGACGCGACGUCGUCGACGUGCACCGCCGAAUCGCAUCAGUUCACUUCGUGUCCCGAAUCGGACAAGGACGACGAGGCGACGUCGUGCUAUCGGACGUUCUUUCCGAAUCAGACGCCCAUCGGAUGCAGCGAGGACGAUAGUCCGAAGUUGUGUUGCGAUGUCCGAUUCAAACCAUACAAAAAUCUCACAUUCCUCGCGGUGAAACUCGAACAACCGACGACGUACGCGACGUUCGUCUACACCGCCUACGAUUUCGUGAACGGCCGCUGGAUCGAGAAGGACAAGACGACGAUCCGAUCGCAAUUGGACGGCGGCACACAGGAUCGCUAUCUCGACACGCAGAAGCGCAUCUCGUUGGCGGUGACGGCCGGCGGUCGCGCGUCGCACCAACUCGAGACCGGCAUGUACUUCACACGGACGAGCCCCGGCGGCGAGUUCGAGGAAUUGCGACGGCAGCCGCUCAACGAGAUAUCCGACAACAACUUCGAUCGUCUCGGAUGGUAUCGAAUGGACGAGGCGGGACGAUUUCAUGUGAACAACGGCGUCGUCAAAAUGGACGACAUUCAUAAGGCCAAAGUCAAAAAUUGCAAGGAGCAGACGUAUCGCAGCAUUUUGGCGGCCAAUAAUUAUAUGCCGGGCCAUUUCAAUUUGACAAAACCGCUCGACUUGCUCCUCCCAUGGAUCCAAUCGGCGCGCAUCUACGACAACUCGGCGCGACAGGCGAUCGUGACGCACGCCGAGGGCACGAAUCUGCACAUCACACUCCAUCUCGACGACGACAUGGACGGCCUCGUGUUUUUCCAUAACGCGUCGCGCAUUCGCGACUUCUCCGGCACCAUCAUCGUCGACAGCCGCUCGAAUCGCUUCUUCAAUUUGACCGUCUACGAGGCGUCGGGCAAAAUCGACGGAAGCGUGAAGUUCGCCGCCGACGAGCGUUCGGCCAACAUCCACACGUUCACGACGUACGUCAGCGAUUUGCGGGCGGCGAAUCGAUCGAUGAUCAUUCCGCUGCCGGCGAUCGUCGAGCCGGGACCGCGAACGAUCUGCCUGAAGGCCGAUGAGAUGGCCGAGCGCGACUCGAUUUGUCGCGUCAUCGAGUACCACGAGAGUCCGCUUGAGAUCGAUCUUGUCGAGGGCAAAUGGCACGAGAUGAUCGGCUCGUGUCCGACGUGCAAUCAGGUCAAUUUCAACGGAAUGAUGAAGUUCCUGAAUCCGGCGCACUGGAUCAAAGGCAUCAGCUCGCUCGGCGACGGCGUCAUGCUCGUCACCGAUCUCGUCGUCUAUUUGGGCGUUCUCAUCAUCCUCUAUCUGCUCAUCACCAAGCUCAUCAUCCCAUUGGUGAGGUGUUGGGUGUGCCCGACAACAUUCUGCUGCUCGUCAUCAUCAUCGUCGAAGCGGAGUCGACGAAGGUCGAGAAGAAGAUCCGAAUCGCCUGAGCCGAGAAUGCAUCCGAGCCGCGCGCGAUACUACGGCGACGGACGCGAGCGUCACUACGAGGGCGACUACAUUUGA